AUGGCGACACUUCAUCAGUAUGAUUACAUCUUUGCUCUAACCGUCAUAUUCGCUUGUCUCGAUGCCUGGAAUAUCGGUGCCAACGAUGUGGCCAACUCCUUCGGAACAUCCGUCUCCUCCCGCUCCCUGACCAUGAAACAAGCCAUGCUUAUAGCAGCAGUAUGCGAAUUCAGCGGCAGCGCAUCAGUAGGAUCCCGAGUCGCAGAUACCAUCCGCACCAAGAUUGUCGACCCUCACCACUACGACAGUUCGCCUGGUGUUUUGUUACUCGUUAUGAUGUGCACUAUCAUGUCGUCCUCGGUUUUCCUUACUUUUGCGACACGGCAAGGUCUUCCUGUAUCAACGACGCAUUCUCUUAUUGGUGGCUUGGUCGGUGCCGCGACGGCGAGCAUUGGGAUUCAGAAGGUUAGUUGGGGAUGGCAUGGUGUUUCCCAGAUCUUUGCGGCGUGGAUCAUUGCGCCUCUUAUUGCGGGGUGUAUGGGAUACUGCUUGUUUCUUUUUACGAAGAAGUUUAUUCUGAUGAAACGGAGUGCUGUGAAGAGGGCCUUCUACUCAAUCCCGUUCUACACCUAUCUUACUGUUGGAGCGCUCACGAUGCUUUUGGUCUGGAAGGGUAUUCAUGCAAUUAACCUGUCUGCGAGGGAUACAGUCAUUGCGAUCUUCGCUACCGCUACAGGAAUGACGUUUCUCCAGAUUUUGUUCAUACUUCCGUUUCUAUGGACGAGGAUUAUGCACGAAGAUUGGACUCUCAAGUGGUAUCAUGUCUUCCAGGGACCGAUGCUUCUUUGGAGAUCACCUCCCCCGCCGACACCAAUUGGCUUCACGAAACCUCGAAUCAGGGACUACUACCAAGGACAUCUCACGCGGGAGGAACUAGAUUACAUACGGACUUCCGAAACACUUCUUCAGUCGAUUCAGACACGAAAUGGAGAGUUACCUGAUCUCGACCAAGACGACGACUGGAUUCUUCCACCGCCAGCUCAAACACCUCCAAGAACGCCACCCAAUAAAUUCGAACGACGUCCCUCUUCCGAAUUCGUACCUCCACGUCCAGAUGGACACUGGAACAGUCCAAAAGUACUAGCAUGGAGAGUCAACCGUGUGCUACUCCGCGGUCUAGAAAAGGAUGUUGUAGCAAUGCAGAAACGCAACAACAUUCUCAACUGGGACUUGGAAGAUAUGCAUGCCCGAUCAGCACAUUACGACAACCGCGCAGAAUACAUGUAUUCCUCCCUCCAGAUCCUCACUGCCGCAACAGCAUCUUUCGUGCACGGAGCAAACGACGUCAGCAACGCAGUCGCACCUUUUACAACAGCCUACCAAGUCUGGUCCACUGGCACGAUCCCCGGUUUUGUCGAGAUCCCAUUCUGGAUCCUCGCAGUCGGCGGUGCUUGCAUCGUUGUUGGACUGUUAACGUACGGUUACCACGUCAUGCGCACGCUGGGUAAUCGUCUCACGCUCAUAUCGCCCAGUCGCGGAUUCUGCAUGGAACUUGCUAGUGCUAUAACCGUGCUUAUGGCGACAAGAUUGUCGUUACCUGUGUCUACGACACAGUGUAUCACGGGCGCGACGGUAGGUGUUGGGUUGGCUAAUGGGGAUUGGAGAUGUAUUAAUCCGAAGCUUGUGGCGUGGAUUUAUUUGGGUUGGAUUGUUACGUUGCCUGUUACGGCUGUCAUGUCGGGGUGUUUGAUGGCGUUGAUUAUCAAUGCGCCUAGAUGGGAGACAUGA